UGUAGUUGGACAAAACCCAUCGAACUGAAAUAUAUUUUUGUCAACGAGAUUGACUUCACUCCUAACUGAACCCAGGGCAGUGAUUUAUAUAAAUCAAAAAGCUGUAACUAACUGGUUUUUCUUGAGCCCUGCUGGGGACUGGGCAAAUGAAACAUUACUUUUUACUUAAAUGAAAUAUUACUCCAGUCGUUGUUGGGGGGGUGGACUAGGCGAGUGUUACCAGGGCAGAACGAAAGCUGUCGCAGGUUUGAAGCUCCCGCACCAGCGAGCGGAGCGUUGCCACUUUAAGAAUCAGUGGAUGAGACUGAACUGACAGCAGCUCUGUUACGCUGGGGAACCAACACGCCACUCUAGAAGAUACACUGAAGCAAAAGGGAGGCUUUUGCGCGCAAAAAAAAAAUACAAGCAGAGGACUCUGAAACCAUCCCAAUUGUAAAAGCUAAUGCAGAGGUUGUAAAAAAGGAGGAACUUAAAACAAUCACCAUCUCUAGGAAAAAGAUACAGAGCUGUUAAAUUGCAUGAAGAAUAAAAGUAACCUGUAGAAGUUUACCAUUCCACUGAGAGUCUUGGUGUUUGGAGAACGGGUAUCAAAAUGCCUGUGGCUUCAGCUCACUCAGAUACAGCUAUGCAGCAGGUCCUGGACAACUUGAAUGAUUUGCCAAACUCUACGGGAGCCAAGGAUCUAGAUUUACUGUUCCUGAGAGGAAUCAUGGAGAGCCCAAUUGUACGAUCACUAGCUAAGGCCCAUGAAAAGUUGGAAGACACAAAGCUGGAGGCUGUACGUGAUAAUAACCUGGAGUUAGUGAAGGAGAUCAUUGAUGAUAUCAACCCAAUUGCAAAGGAAAACGAUUCUGCAGCUGAACUCACUCAGAUUCUCCAGGAACCACACUUUCAGUCUCUGUUAGAAGCUCAUGAUACAGUUGCCUCCAAGAACUAUGAAACUCCACCUCCAAGUCCGGAGUCUCUAAUGGACUCUACUUUCAACAAUCAGCCUGUUCCACCUGAUGCUGUCCGAAUGGUGGGGAUUCGCAAGGUCAAAGGUGAACAUUUGGGUGUAACGUUCAGAGUUGAAAACAGUGAGCUUGUGAUUGCUCGCAUUCUCCAUGGAGGCAUGAUUGACCAGCAGGGUUUGCUUCAUGUGGGCGAUAUUAUCAAGGAGGUGAAUGGAAAAGAGGUUGGAAAUGAUCCAAAAGUCCUGCAGGAAAUGCUGCAAAAUGCCAGCGGAAGUGUCAUCCUAAAGAUCCUGCCCAGCUAUCAGGAACCACAUCCUCCAAGACAGGUCUUUGUGAAGUGCCAUUUUGAGUAUGAGCCUACUAAUGAUAACCUGAUCCCAUGUAAAGAAGCUGGCUUGAAGUUCACUUGUGGUGAUAUUCUACAGAUUGUGAAUCAGGAAGACCUCAACUGGUGGCAGGCCUGUCAUGUGAAAGAGGGAGGAAGUGCGGGCCUUAUUCCCAGUCAGCUGUUGGAGGAGAAGAGGAAAGCUUUUGUGAAACGAGACUGGGAUUUUUCCAGUUCUUCUGGUGCACUGUGUGGGAGCAUGGGUGGAAAAAGAAAGAAGAAAAUGAUGUAUCUCACCACCAAAAAUGCAGAAUUUGAUCGCCAUGAACUUCUGAUCUAUGAGGAAGUAGCAAAGAUGCCACCAUUUCAAAGGAAAACUCUGGUCCUUAUAGGAGCACAGGGGGUUGGAAGACGAAGCUUAAAAAACAGACUCAUUAUGUCUGACCCAAUGCGUUUUGGAACCACAAUUCCUUUCACCUCACGAAAGCCAAAGGAGGAUGAGAAUGAUGGUCAUAUUUACGCUUUUGUGUCCCGUUCUGAAAUGGAAAAUGACAUCAAAGGUGGGCGGUACCUAGAGCAUGGUGAAUAUGAAGGAAACCUUUAUGGGACAAAGAUUGAUUCCAUCCAUGAGGUGGUAGAAUGUGGAAAAAUAUGCAUCUUGGAUGCAAACCCGCAGGCACUGAAGGUUCUGAGGACAUCUGAGUUCAUGCCUUAUGUGGUGUUUAUUGAAGCUCCAGACUUGGACACACUACGGGCAAUGCACAGAGCAGCUAUUGAUGCAGGAGUUACAACAAAACAACUAACAGACACGGAUCUGAAGAAAACAGUGGAUGAGAGCUCUCGCAUCCAGCGAGCGUACAGCCACUACUUUGAUCACACCAUUAUGAAUGAUAACCUUGACAAGGCCUUCCAAAAACUUCAGGCUGCUAUGGAGAAACUCUGCACAGAACCCCAAUGGGUGCCAGUGAGCUGGGUAUACUAACACUUUCCAAAGGGUAAAAGGAUAUGCUUUACACAGAGCACCAUUAACAUUACAGAAGAAGUCCUUUAGAAUUUAAGAAACCUCCAUUUGGACUGAUUAUGUUUAGGGCAGCAGUUCAUAGUGACAGCAGUUAAAUUAUGCAAAUCAGCAAUGGAGGCUAACUAAAAAAAAGAGCUUUUUUUCUUAAGAAAGAUGGAAAUGCUCCAGCUACUAUUACUUUUUAUUUUAUGAGCAAUACAGGGAUUGGGCAAAUGUACGUUUUUUUUUGGCAUUGUAGUCCAAAGGUCAUUGUCAAAUUCUGCUGGAUGCUAUAAACCCUUUCAUUACCAAAUAAAAUGAUGAGGGAACCAAGAUUUCACUUAUUCUUUGUUGGAUUUCACCAAGGAAGUGAACAAAUUAUUCCUUAUUAAGGAAAUUAAUAUGGACACAUUUGUGUUGAAAUUCAAAAUAGUCAUUCUCGCUUAGGUUUCUGUUUGCAUUUGCAUUCAUACAAAGAUGUUCACAAUGAUGAAAGUGACAGCAACCUUUGAAUCCAAAGGUAAUCAGAAUUGAAGCCUUUGCCCUUCCUUUCUAAAAAUCAUUUAAGACAUAUUAAAAUUAGUUCCAUUGUACAGAUUUGCUGCUCGAUACUGAAACUUUGGUCUUCAUUCAAUGACAAAUGCGAUACAUAAUUAAAACCUUGUUCAAUAUUCACAGAUGAAAGAUCUAACACUAUUAUAUGUCUUUCAUUUAUUUGCAGUUUCAGAUGGCAGCAAACCAUUAUAGUUAUGUUAAUGUCUCAAUUAAAUAGUGGAGAACAAAUUUCCUAUAUUAAUAUGUCCUUGUGUUAAUACAGUAAACAUGGUUUCAUCCCAGAUUUGACCACUUUUGUGACUCCGACAAGUUGUUAAUGGAAUUGGACACAAAUGUAUUGUUCUGUACUCGUCUUGGGAAUUUAUUUUCCACAGCUCUUAUUCUAUUGGACUUUUUCGGUCAGACUUGAGAUAAUAUUUACUAAUAACAAGGAUCUUCUACAGGACAUUAUCUCUUUUUAUUGGCUCACUUGGAUUUCAUUUUUUAAACUGGAAUGAAGAUUUAAUUGAGACUUUUUAGGAUAAACCUAGUUCACUGGUGAAGCGUAGAACUUUUGUUGUCAUUCUUUGUCCCUUUUAUAUUUAACAUUUAAUAUAAAUUGGGUAUAAUUCAUCGCAUGUAGCUGGAAUAUCAGUAGUGAAAUAACCAUUUUUUUUAAUUGCCAUUGUGGAUAUCAGUUUCAAAGCAAUGUGGUUUGAAGCACUUCAGGUAUGAGUUGGUUAUUAACUUUUAAUUUUAGCAGAUUCUUGAGGUUCAAGUUAAAGGUCUACCAAACUUUAGCUGUCUGUUUCCAGUAAAACUGAAAUGGAAUUGAGAUAUAAAAUGACAACUGACAACAU